AUGAGCUACAAGGUCCUUCGAAAUAUUGAUCCGACGGAUGAACGUGUUGUGCAAGUACUACAACUCUUGCCAGACGUCAUCAAAAUUUCUGCUCGGAUCAUCAAAAAAUACCAUCUUCACUUUCGCAAAAACAUCAGCGAAAUAGUGAUGAUAAUGAAGUUUGAUAUGAAACCGCAUUCUGUUAAACUUAUGAGAACAGAUAUGGCAGAUGCACAUAAAGAAACUCAAUUCAGUUGCAUAAUUCCCGCAAUAAAGAAAACAACAGAGUCAAUAAUUGGAGUGACUCAUGUCAAUGGCAUCAUGCUGGAUACCGUGAAUCAUUUCGAAAUACUUCAAACACUAUUCCCAUUUACCAAUCAACGUGGUUACUGUAGAUACAUCGCUAUUUGA